GAAAACGCAGUGGUUGUGUCGCCCAGCCUCCUUACCAUCGUGUCGAAUGCGGAUUCCGAGCAUGUAGGGUGGUGAACAACUCGCCUUUUUCGUCCUGUGACAGACAUAGCAGACUUAGAUAAUAAUGUCCGCACCAAUUUCUAGUCUCAAUAGUCUUUUUUCUUUCACCUCACCUGCUGUCAAGAGGUUACUUGGGUGGAAACAGGGCGACGAAGAAGAGAAGUGGGCGGAAAAGGCAGUGGACUCGUUGGUGAAGAAAUUGAAGAAGAAGAAAGGUGCACUAGAAGCACUUGAACGAGCACUUGGAAAUCCCGGAGAACCUUCAGAAUGUGUUACCAUUCCACGUUCGUUAGAUGGUCGGCUUCAGGUUUCUCACCGGAAGGGCCUUCCCCAUGUCAUCUACUGUCGUGUAUGGCGCUGGCCCGAUCUUCAGAGCCAUCAUGAGUUAAAACCGCUUGACUGUUGUCGCUUCCCUUUUUCUGCUAAAGAAAACGAAGUUUGCAUCAACCCCUACCAUUACAAACGCGUUGAAAGCCCUGUCCUGCCACCAGUCCUCGUUCCUCGGCACAGUGAAUAUCCCAGUGUCGGUUCCGUCGCCUCAUCACCAACCGCUCCACAAUGCGGGGCUGGAAACAACGCACUCAUCGGGAAUGCUGGUAAUCGCCUGUCCAUGUUUCAUCAGAUGCCCGAGCCCACUAUGCCCUACAAUGUCAGUUAUCCACAAGGCUUUGCACAUUCUCCCACAGGGAUGGCAAGCAAUGGUACUUCCACUGAAAGCUCCAUCACCACGCUAUCAUCUCCAAGUAGUAUGCACCCGGUAACCUAUCAAGAGCCAAAGUACUGGUGUUCCGUUGUCUACUACGAGCUGAACAAUCGAGUCGGCGAAGCGUUCAAUGCACUGCAGCCCAGCAUCAUUAUUGAUGGAUUCACCGACCCAUCCAACAAUGCGGAUCGCUUUUGUCUCGGUCUGCUGUCCAAUGUAAAUCGGAACUCUACAAUCGAAAAUACCAGGCGACAUAUUGGAAAAGGUGUCCAUCUGUACUACGUUGUUGGUGAAGUUUAUGCCGAAUGUUUAUCGGACAGCAGCAUCUUUGUCCAGUCCCGCAACUGCAACUACCACCAUAAUUUCCACCCCACGACAGUUUGCAAAAUUCCUCCAGGUUGUUCGCUAAAAAUAUUCUCCAACCAGGAGUUUGCCCACCUCCUUAGUCGCACGGUACAUCACGGUUUCGAAGCUGUUUACGAGCUGACAAAAAUGUGCACAAUCCGGAUGAGUUUUGUCAAAGGCUGGGGCGCAGAAUACCAUCGUCAGGACGUCACCUCAACGCCAUGUUGGGUUGAAAUUCAUCUGAACGGACCACUACAGUGGCUUGAUCGUGUACUAACCCAGAUGGGCACUCCGAGAAAUCCCAUUUCUUCAGUAUCCUGAUCACUUUUGCCAACCAUAGUCGAUUUGUUCUUCACAGUCUAUCUGACUCCUUCUCCGGUUACUUUUCACCAGCGCCUUCUCCCUGUCUGACCAUGCAUAUGUUACCCUGUGAUUAUUCUAGAACCCACUCGCUAGGUUUCGUUUCAUCAUUGCUCGUGACUGAGUCCUCUUGGUCACUGUUGGGACUCGUGUUUUUCCACAACGGGGUCUGAUCUCUUCACUGCGCCUAUCCCCGCGGUGUCGUACCGCGCUACAUAACCCAGUGUUACUUGAUUUCCCGACCGAAGCAGCCAAUUUCUAUUGCGCGUCUCUUUCCCCAUAAGUUCUUGCUUGUUGUUGUCCUCUUUUUGUUUACUGCACAUGUCUUCUACAGGUAGGGCUUUGGUUUGUGUCGGUGUGUGUAUACGCUUAUCUACAUCCCUUCAUUUCUUAUCAUCUCUCUCUCUCUCAUCAAGCCGUCUGUCCUUGUGUCUUUCAGUUGUGCCUUAGUCAUCUGCGACAAGCAACACUGCCUCUAUUUUCUCCCCGCUCGUUUCGUUUGUCGUGCCCUCUGGCCAGUAUGUGUCAAGGUGUAUUUCUACCAAUCGUUGCAUUUAUGACACGAUAUCGUUGCCGUCGCGUCACGAUCUGCAGCAAUUAAUUUUACACAUCUUGGAAUCUCUUCGUUUUCUUGACGGAAAAUACCCAUUCCUUCCAUCUCCAUGUGUUUUUUUAAUUUGUUAUUUUUAUCCACGGCAUUUCGUUUACACGCGCCAACCACGUUUCGACUGUUCUUUUGUAUACUGUGUGAACAAGUAGGCAGUGGCCCCCCUUGUUCUCCAUUGGUGCUAAUCGGUUAACCAUUUGGAUCAAUCGCAUGAUUUAGUCGUUGUAAAGAGUAUUCUAUUCCCCGUCCCUCAUUUUUAUGUAACGUCGGCCUUAUCCGGUAUGUCAACUCAAACGUGAAUGAUUGUUAUAUUCACAGUAUGCUCACAACAUACGCAACAUUCUAA